CACGAGGUCCUCAGUCCCCGUUACGCCCUUGUGCCUCCCUUACCCCUUUCUUCGAGACCUUAGCACACCCUGAGCGACAAGUCGUAAUGCUCGCCCUUGUCUUCUCAUUGUUCCUUGUCAUCUUUUUCCCUUUCAGUGGCACGGCUGAAGCUAUUGCCCGUCUCACAAGAGGCGCUGGCGAGAUCCGUGGAUUGGGUGACGCCUGCGGCGAGAAAGGCAGACACUGCAUCCUGUGAGCUCAGAUUGUCUUUACUUCCUGGCAAAAUGCUGCCUUACCAUCGACCCCCUCACUCUCACAGCGCUGGCCCGAACAUUGUAGUUGAAGGCGGGGGCAUCGAGCAAUCCGCUCACACAGGCGCUGGCCGGUGGUACCUUAUGGCUGACACUGGCGCUAAGGGCACGGCUACUGGCUGUGGAGGCUCGACCAUCACUUGGUCCUUCUUUCAUCAUCUCUCGACAUACAAGGGAUUGGACACGGCCAAGACGCGUAAUGAUCGUAUCCAAGGCUUCUUUAAUACCAACUCCGGCAAUAUGAAGAUCAAGGGGGUCAUAGACUCCACGGAUCCUGAAGCGGAUCUCUAUCUCUCCUGCUACCCUCCGGUCAAGGAUAACCUGGCCGUGGACUAAGUGGAGCCACCACAAGCCUGCGAUUGAAACGAGCAAGGUCUGAUGCAGUUGAGCUGGGAGGAGUUGACCUCGUACGAAUCCGUUGCGGUAGUCUCACGUGUCGCGUGUGCCAUGUGACCCUGUCGGAGAAUGUAGCGAUCCUCUCAACACCACUCGCGUGCACAUACGCGCACGCCUGAUCGCCGGUCUACUUCCAGCACGAAGGUAAAAGUCAAAAAUCAUCAUGCAUUGACGAAAGGUAUACGGUAUCGUGAAAGUCGAAGAAG